AUGGCGGUUCGCGAAGCAAUUGCUAUCAUCGAGUUGAUUGUAUAUAUUCCAACAUUUCUCACAGUCCUCGUCGUCCUCUUCAAACAGGGCUUUACUAAGCAACUCGGUUGGAUUUACCUCCUCAUCUUCACCAUCGUACGACUGGCCGGUGCAGUCUUCGAAAUACUCCAUAAUCACAACAACUCGAAUAGCACAUACACAGAAUGGGCUCUGAUCUUACAGUCCGUGGGAAUAUCACCACUGCUGCUGUCAAGUUUGGGCUUGUUGAAGCGAGUGAUCGACUUUACAUCGACGCAUGUUCGUAGCGACAGUGGAAACAAUAUCAUGGGAUUACUUGGUGCUAGAGGAGGAUUGAUUGCCAAGUUUGCAGCCAAAGCUUCAGCAGACGCUCGCCGAAGUCGAGUCAUACAAUUGUUACAACUGCCCUGCACUAUCGCCCUCAUUCUCUGUAUCGAGGGCGGCUCCGACGAAGCCUCAUCGUCAUCUACACCUUCCGAAAUCAAAUCGGGGAAGACGGAUACGAAAUGGGGAAUUGGCAUUUUCGUGGUGAUCUACGUGAUACUUGUCAUUUUGACUCUGUACUCGAUGUUCGAAAUCAACAAAACCGCACGAGGCGAGAAGCGAAUACUCGUUGCUGUGGUGCUCGCACUACCUUUGAUCGGCAGCAGAGUGCUAUAUAGUAUCCUCGACACUUUCCAUACCAACCACAUAUUCAACCUCGAGAACGGCAAUGCGAUUGUGCAACUCUUCAUGGCCAACUUGGAGGAGGCUAUUGUGGUGAUUAUGUAUGCUGUUGUGGGAUUGACCGUGCACAAGUAUGGCGAAGGAGGUGUGGUGAGUGCUAAAGAAGAGAAGCUUCAGCGGAAGAUGGAGAGAAGACGGGUGAGGAGGAACGAACAAGCUAGAGUGUGGGCCGAACAAGGGACGCCGAUGGAGCAUGUUUAUGUUGAGCAAGAUCAAAGACGAUAA